AUGACUUCCAUUGCUGACGAAAUCGAAUACAAGCUCGACAAUGUCGAGGUCGCAACGGUUCGUCCAGACGAUAUUAACAAGACUUUCCGUUCAACCUGUAUUGAUCUUAUCUCCAGUGGUCUUGGUGGCCAAGUCCUUGGCUACUCUGACCAAUGGUUCUGCGAGGCGUCCAACUUGUUGAACCCCAGAGCUCCGAUUGCUCAGCCAGGUAAGAUGGUCUUCACAGGUGCUUGGUAUGAUGGUUGGGAGACUCGACGGCACAAUCAGGAGCCCUUCGACUACGCCAUAAUCAAGUUGGGCGUCGCCUCUGGCACGAUUGAAGGGGUCGAGAUCGAUACAGCCUUCUUCAACGGGAACCAUGCCCCUGCUAUCUCCGUCGAAGGUGUCUUCAGCCAAGAUGAUGCCAAGGUUGUUUCAUGGGGAGGAGAUCGAGGAGAAUGGGAGACCAUCCUUGGGAUCCAGGAGUGUGGUGCUUCUCAGCGAUUUGCCUGGAAGCUCAAGACUCCUAGCCAAAAGGCAUACACGCAUGUGAGGCUCAACAUGUACCCCGAUGGUGGUAUCGCACGAUUCCGUCUCUAUGGGCACGCCGUCCCUGUCUUUCCUGAAGACAAGGAUGCCAUCUUCGAUCUUGCUGCAGCUCAAAAUGGCGGUAUUGCUGUGUCGUGCAGCGACGAACACUUUGGAACCAAGGACAACCUUAUCAUCCCUGGCCGAGGAAAGGAUAUGGGCGACGGUUGGGAGACAAAGCGAUCACGAGGAAAAGACCAUACAGAUUUCGCCAUCAUCAAGCUCGGUGCCCCUGGAUACAUCGAGAAUUGGGUUGUCGACACUGCGCACUUUAGAGGCAACUAUCCUCAAAAGGUCUCAAUUGAAGGUUGUGAGUGGACAGGCCAUGGCGAUCCUGUCGCAGAUGCCACAGCCUGGAGAGUCUUUGUACCCCCCAGCAAAACAGGACCCGAUCAGGAGCAUGAGUUUGAGAGCGAAGAGAAGGAGAAGAAGGCUCUGGUGACCCACGUAAAGCUUAUCAUGAUUCCUGAUGGUGGAGUGAAGCGAUUGCGGGCAUUUGGCAAGCGAGCUGUCUAG